GUUGCAAAAUUCGACAGUUGUCUAUCAUUUUUUUUCCGUUUGAUUGAUUCGUGUCUGUUGUGGUUUUUAAUUCUAAAAUGUCAGGUAAUCCAGCUGGUGAAUGGUGUUUGAUAGAAAGUGAUCCAGGUGUAUUUACAGAACUUAUUAAAGGAUUUGGUGUGACAGGAGUUCAAGUAGAAGAAUUAUACAGUUUAGAUGCUGAAAGUUUUGAAAAAAUAAAGCCCGUUCAUGGCUUAAUCUUUUUGUUCAAAUGGUUUCAAGGUGAUGAGCCAUCGGGUACCAUUGUGCAAGACAGUCGACUUGAUAAGAUAUUUUUUGCUAAACAGGUCAUCAACAAUGCAUGUGCAACUCAAGCAAUCUUGAGUGUACUAUUAAACUGUAAACAUCCAGAUGUGAAAUUAGGUGAAACCCUCACGUCGUUUAAAGAAUUUUGUCAAACAUUUGAUGCUACAAUGAAAGGCUUAACAUUGAGCAACUCAGAGGUGAUACGAGAAGUUCACAAUAGUUUUGCAAGGCAGCAGAUGUUUGAAUUUGAUUCUCGGCAGCCAAACAAAGAUGAUGAUGUAUUUCACUUCAUUGGCUAUGUACCUAUAGACAAUCGUUUAUAUGAGCUAGAUGGAUUAAAAGAUGGGCCUAUUGAUCUUGGUCCAGUAAAUCCUAAUGGUGAUUGGUUGCAAACUGUUAGGCCUGUUAUUGAAAAAAGAAUACAAAAGUAUAAUGAAGGAGAAAUUCAUUUUAAUUUGAUGGCUUUAAUAUCAGACCGUAAUAUGUUAUACCAGAGACGACUAGAAGAACUUACCAAUCAGUUUAAUGCUGGUGGAAUGGAGGUUGAAGAAACACAAAGUGAAAUAAGCAAAAUCCAUAUGCUACUAGCUGAAGAAGAACAAAAGCAGAAGAGGUAUAAGAUUGAAAAUAUAAGAAGGAAACAUAAUUACUUACCAUUAAUAAUGGAGCUUUUAAAAAUACUUGCUGAAGAAGGGAAAUUAGUUCCUCUAAUAAAUGCUGCAAAACAGAAAGUGGAAGAAAGGAAAAGGAAUGAAAAGAAAAUAAAGCAGGAACAAUGAAAUUCUUAGUUUUUUUUUAUUUUGUCAUAUGCUGUCAAAUGUCAUUCAUUACAUUCAAUUAUAAAUUACUUGAAAGCACAAAAUCAUCGUAUAUUCAGUUUCUGCUCUCAUCUGCAAGCAUAUUUUUAAAGAACAUAAUUUAAACCUUCUGAGUGGCACAGCCUUUUGUACCUGUUCAUGUAUAUCUGUAUUUAAAUAGCAGCAUUUAUUAGCUAAAUUUGUAUAAUUACUAAAGAUCAUAUUUACUCUUAAAGGAAGUAAAAAAACAAAAUAUUUUAAAUUAUAAGCUAAUAUAUAAAAAUGAAGUGGUAAAAAAUCUUACAAUUUAAUAAAAGCAGUCAAGCCACUCAGAUGGUUAAUAUUAGAGAUUUGUUAAUUCUCAAUUGAAUUUCUCAAUGUUUAAGUAUUCAAAAAGAGACUAAACCGAUAAUUCCCCUUUCAUAACAUUCUAGUUUUAGGGGAAAAAAUUUACUUAAGAAUUUUCUCCCUCUUUCAAGCAAAUAAUAAAUCUGAAAGAUUUCUCUUCCUGUAUUUAAUAUAAAUUUUGUUAAUUAUCACUACAGAAUCACUUCAGUUAUUUCUUUAAUUAUUAAAAUGUUGAGAGUAACAAAUUUCUUAAGCUAUAUAAGCAGUAUGCAAUUCUUUCUAUUUACAAAAUGUUAAAGACAAUAUAUACGUACAUCCACAUAAAGCUUGUAUUACAUAUACAUAUAUAUAUAUACAUUGACUAGAAAAAAAUCACAUACAAAAAUGUACAUAGGAAAGUGUUCAAAUUACUUCCACAAGUCACUAAAGGUUAUUCUGCCAUAACGUGCUUUUUAAUUGGUCAUAAUACAUUUAUACAGUAUGCUUUUUAGAAGUGUAGAUGUAUUAAGUAGUAAAGAAGAAUGGUAAAAAUUAUCUUAGUUGCACUAGCAUAACAUUAUAAAAUUAUUUCCUUGAAUGAAUGCAAAAUGAAAGGCUAGGAAUGAGAGGGGAGUAAAGGGAUUUAGAUCUGUACUGUAUUCUGUCAUAAAUAAAAAUACAUCUUUUAUGGGAUAAUUAAGAAGUUUCAAAUUGUGUUGUGUACUACGAAGAGUGUGCUCAGGCAAUAUGGAAGUCAUGAUUGAAUCUGGGAUUAAUUGGAUGUUCUUUGCACUCAAAAAUCGAGAAUGUAAGUCAUAUGGUUGCAGUCCGCAGUAGAUGAAUGUGUAAUUAUUCUUUC